AUGGCCGCCGUACCACACUACCCCGAAUUUGAUUGUGAGUCAACAGCCAAAGCAGCAAGAUGGACAAAAUAUGUAAAAAGACUGAAAAACUAUUUUGUCGCACAUAACAUUGAGGAUGACAAACGGCAAAAAGCAAUCCUACUAACGUUUGUUGGCGAGGCUACGAAUGACAUCAUCGACGAAAUACCACAGGAGCAAGUCACAGUGGAAAAAAAUGAAACACAUUUCAACAAGCUUGUCUCAGCGGUGCACAACCACUUCAACCCUGAAAACAACACGGAAUACAACCGAUUCGUGUUCCGAAAAAUUAAACAAAAUAGCCCAGGCAUCGAAGACUUCUACCGCAAACUAAAGGAAGCUGCAGCUAUGUACCGUUUUUCCGACAUGGAUUCCGAGGUGAAGUCCCAACUAAUUACCGGCUGCCUGUCGGAAAAAGUCCGCCAGAAGGGACUCAUGAACUCAGAUAUGUCACUACAUGACUUAAUAAACUACGCAAGGACAACGGAGACGAUAGCGUCACACCUACAAACAAUGCGACUGGAAGACAACAACACCGCUACUGCUACAACCACCCCAAUAAACAAAGUCGCGGAUGAACAGCGCUGA